AUGCCGCUCUUCUGCUCCCGGAGGACGUCGACCAUCCUCCUCACCCUUCUGGGGCUCUUCUUGGUCGGCGCCGUCAUCGUCCUCACCACGGCCACCGCCUACUUCAGCAUCGACAACAGCGCCUACGUCCUUCCCGAGGAGCUCGGCACCUGGGACGAGAUCCGCUUCGGCAGCUCUCCCGACGGCCCGGACAGCUGGGCGGCCAGGCUGCCAUGGCUCGCCAAGCUCUACGGCCACGACCCCAACGCCAUCACCAAUGGCUCCAGGGCCAGCCCCUCGGGCGCCGUGCAGCCCGCCUCGCCCGAAGCGUCGGCCGCCCCUACCUGGAGAGACAACACCCCACGCCCCUAUGACCCGGCCAACCCGCCGGAGAAGAUCCCGCGCAUCAUCCACCAGACCUGGAAGGACGAGCAUCUGCCGCCUCGAUGGCAGGCGGUGCGUGACGAGUGUGCCGCCAUGCACCCCGACUACGAGUACAUGCUUUGGACCGAUGCCGAGUCUCGCAAGUUCAUCGCCGAGCACUACCCUUGGUUCAUCCCCGUCUUCGACGCGUACCCCUACCCGAUCCAGCGCGCCGACGCCAUCCGCUACUUUGUGCUUCACCACUACGGCGGCGUGUACAUGGACCUCGACGUCGGCUGCAACCGCAGGCUCGACCCGCUCCUCCGCUUCGAGGUCGUCCUGCCCCGCACCCGCCCGAUUGGCGUGUCCAACGACAUUAUGCUGGCGCAAAAGGGUCACCCGUUCAUGGACCAGGUCAUCCACAACCUCAUCACCUUCAACCACCAGUACCUGACCAACUACCCCACCGUCAUGUUCUCGACGGGUCCGAUGUUCCUCUCGGCCUCGUACGGCCUCUACGUCGACGCUCACGGUCCCGCUACCCCUUCCACGCCGUCUCAGCCGAGCGCCGGGUUUUCGGGCGUCCGCGUGCUGCCCAAGUCGCUCUACGGAAAGAACGCCAAGCCUUCCGACGUCCCCGAUGCCUUCUUUGCCCACUUCUACGGCAGCAGCUGGCACUCGAACGAUGCCGGCUUCCUCAUCUUCCUGCGGGAUCACGGCCGGCUGCUCAUGUUCAUCGGCGCCUGCGUCGUCGGCUACGGCUUCUUCCGCACCAUGGUGGCCACGGCGCUCUUCGGCCUGGGCAGCAAGAGCACCGGCUCCCGGCGGAGGUCGCGAUCGCGUGGCCGCUGGAUCGGGCUGCCCGUGGGUACGGGAAGCAGCACGCUGAGCCGACACCGGUCGAAGCGCAGGUCGACCGCCGACGACAGGACCAUGCCUCUCGAGGAGCUGGCGGCCGGUGCCAGCAGCAGCUCUGCGGCGAGCGGCUCCCGGCUCUCGAUGCCUUCGAACCGUUCGCAACGGCUCAGCCUUCCCUUGUUCCAGCUGCAGGAGCAAGAGGCCGCCAACCGCGACGCGCCGCAGUCGGUCCUCGCAUGGGUGGGACAGACGCUCUCUCGGCCAUCGUCCCGCAACGAGGGUGCAGCGGACCCCGAGUCCUCCGCCUCCACUGGCCGCCCUGCCUCUCCGCGUGUCGGCAAGAAGAAGGGUGGCGUGCUCUACCUGCCCGCCUACUUUGUCAGCCGCGGAGACGAGUCGAGCUCGCAGCUCAGCCCGAGCUCCUCGAUCAGCAGCGUCGCGGCGGGAUGGCAGGCGAGCGGGAGCAGCGGCGCCAAUAACCUUACCAGCUGGGCCGCGUCGCUCCUGCCGGAUUCUUGGCGUGGGCCGUCGCCGGCACCCUCGCACGCCAGUCGGCUCUCCAGGGGUGGCGAUGACAUCGAUCUCGAGAGCGUCGGUUCGGCAUCCUGCGACGAGGAAGAGUACGGCGGCGAGGGGCAUCAGCGCUCGCGUUCGGCCGCCAACAAGGAGGCGACGGUGCCGCUGCUGCGGAACGGCUCGACGGCCUCGAACGGCGCUGGCGGCGGGCGCUUUGCGCGCUCCUGGACCGAGGCCACCUCGAACGAGAAGCGGAACGGAUCGAGCCUGAGCCAGGCGACGUCGUCGCCAGACUGCUACGACCAGUCGAACCCGAUGGAUGCACGCGCUUACGGGGGCAAGGAGGGCGAUACCGACAUCGGCCCCAAUGGCACGCUGCUGGCCGAGGCGCGACAAUCGUCGUCAUUGACAACAUCGGCCGCGGUGCAGCCUCCCAGUGCAUCUCGUCUGCUGCGCCGUCUGCCCAGCUCUGGCGACUUCCACGCUGCCGAAGACACCCCCAUCGGCUCUGCAAAGACGCCGCCGCCGCCCUACCCGUACGGCGGCGAAGCAGAGCCUUCGUCUGGCAGGGACAAGCUCCGGCAAAACCAAGCUCAGGGGCUGCCCCACGGUCUCCGUGCGCCGCAGCCAAAACGAGCCAUCGACACUGAAGAGAUUGAGGCGGACUGGGACGAGGAUUGCGCGGAGGAAGGGGCUUGGGAGGGUGACGGAGACAUCGGCAGCCAGACUCGUCGAGGCACGGUAGUCGCAACGACACCUUCGCAGCAGCAGCAGCCGCUAGGGUCCACGCUGACGACGGAAGCGGGUGCCGAUGAGGUCGUCGACUCUACCGAAAGAGUCUAG